AAUCAGAGAACAGCGCGAAUCAAAUACAACUCUGUCCCCCACUCAAUCUCCCGCUCUACCAAAUCAAAACCCGAAGUACGCCGUCGGAAAAUCGCCGCCGCCACCGAUAAGGUUAUUAUUGUCAUCUACACUAACACACCUACCUCGCCUUGAUUUACCUCUACCGCCGCCGAGGCCACCGCCACCGCCACCGCCGAGCCCCUCAACGACUCCCUCUCAGUGUGUCUUCUCGUUCCUUUCCCACCAUGAAAACCGAAUACCGAAAAUAAGAAAUUUCUUCUGCCAAGCGCGUGCGUCCACGCUUUUCAACGGUAGGUCGUACUCGUAUCGUCUCCACCGCUACUGAUUCCUUCUCCUUCAAUAUUCUUCUCUUCUCUUCUCUGUAAUUUCCCUCUUCCCGCCCUCUGUUCCCGUAUCUGGGUUUCGUUCAUUUUAUACUCUUUGGAGUUUAUUCAUUUUCUAAAACCCUUUUAGGGUUUUGGGUGAUUUGGGGAUUUUUUUCCACCCUUUUGGGAAAUUUGCUACUUGGUGUUGCUUUCGUUCCCGGCCGCGGGCCAAUCCCGGGAUUCUUGAUUACAAUCGAUUCUUUUAUACCAAGAGUAUGCAAUCCCCGUUUAAGCGGGAAAAACAUAUUAGCCAUGAUUGAGAAGACGAAGAAGAACGGAAGCCAUAAAAGGGGGCGAAUCAGUGAAGAGGAUAUCUCCAUCGUCUUGGAAAGGUAUACGGCGACGACAGUGUUGGCAUUGUUGCAAGAAGUAGGCCAACUUGAAGGAGCGACGAUUGAUUGGAAUGCGAUUGUGAAGAAGACUUCAACUGGGAUUUCCAGCGUUAGGGAGUGCCAGAUGCUAUGGAGGCACUUGGCUUAUCGACAUUCCUUAUCUGAUAAACUGGACGAUGGAGCUCAGCCUCAGGAUGAUGAUAGUGACUUGGAGUAUGAGUUGGAAGCAUACCAUGAAGUAAGUAGUGAGGCUUCUGCUGAGGCAGCAGCAUAUGUGAAGGUAUUGAUGGCUUCUGGUUUACCAACUGAUUCUAGUCAAACAAAUGCGGGAACUGUUGAGGCUCCCUUGACUAUUAACAUACCAAAUAGCCUUUCAUUUCGUGCUACAUCAGAAAAUUCAGAGCCUGCUGCAAUGCGAGGGAUGAACAUCACCAUUCCUGUUUUUGUUCAGAAGCAGCCUGCCCCUUUAGUGGCUGGUUUGGAAGAUAUCAAUGGAUCUCAAAUUGGCAACAAUCAAUCCAAAAGGAAAAGAAAACCAUGGUCUGAGUCAGAGGAUCUGGAAUUGAUUGCUGCUGUACGGAAAUUUGGGGAGGGUAAUUGGGCAAAUAUAGUGAAAGGCGAGUUCAAGGGGGAUAGAACUCCAUCACAACUAUCUCAGAGAUGGGGCGUCAUUCGUAGGAAGAACAGCUCCAACUUGAAUCAGUUAACCAACUCCAGUGACUCCCUACUAUCUGAGGCGCAGCGGGCAGCUCGUCAUGCAAUGAAUAUGGCUCUUGAUCCACAAACUAGGCCCUCAUUUAUGAAUAAUAACACAGGUGGCGGGACAAAUUUUGGCAGUGCCAAAGCCGUGGCUCCGGGCAGCACUAAUGAAAGUUCGGUUGCAGUAAAACAGGAGCAGCCGCCCCAAAAGCCCCCUGCUGUCACAAGGUUUUCUCUGAUUGAUUCAGCAGCAAAUAAGGGAGCAGCAGCACCACCAGCUAAACCGAAUCUGACUUCAGAUCCUGUAAGAGCAGCCGCAGUUGCUGCAGGGGCUCGUAUUGCUAGCCAGUCAGAUGCUGCAUCACUCUUGAAGGCUGCUCAGGCAAACAACGCUGUCCAUAUCAUGGCCAAACCCGGUGCACCGGCCAGAACAGCUGUGCCUUCUGGUUUGUCCACUCACUCAGAGGCUCGCCCCAAGUUUAAACAGCCCCCACUUUCUACCAGUUCCAGUUGUCCGAGGAAGAUUGCUUCCCCAUCAGUAGUGCAGAGGCCUCCUCCUACAUCAAUGCAGAUUUCAUCUGUAAAAAGUCGAAAGGAACUUCCGCAAGUGCGAGACGGUAAAACUGUUGGAGGCGGCAUUAAUGUAUGUUCCUCCAGUCCCGAAGCUUCCGGGAAAGCUAAAGUGCAGCAAGAAGGUGGCAAACUCCACGGUGAGCAAGUGACUCGUAACGAUAAAACAGUGUCCGAAAACAAAGAACCGAAACAGAAUGUUCAGAAGCUAGUUGUUGGGCACCCUGGUGCUCUUGUUCCGAAAAAGGAUAAUGUUGGGAAUGGCAAGGUAGAACCCUCGGAGAACAGGCGGGAAGAGAGCCGAAAAGAAGAUGAAAGUAGGAAUAAGGGAUCCUGUUCUUCUAAAGAAGGUGAAAAGCAGCAGCAGGCUACACAGGGGUUAAAGAGUACCACGAAAACAAAAGAAUGACCAAGCAGCAGCAACAACAAGAUGUGCCUAAGACUGUUGGUGGUAACGGAUGCAGUGAAAAAGCUGGAGAAAUUGGGAAGAGUAGGCGAGGGUGCAGCAGGUAUAAGCUGACAAUGGUGUGAUGAAGGUAGAAGAACGGAGUAGUUAGUUGAAAGUAGCAAAAUUAGAGCUCUUUCAUGGUUUUUUCUUCUUCUUGUGGGUUCAAGUCGAGUCUUAUUUGCUUUGGGUUAUGAAAGGUUGUCUUGUUUCAUACAAGUGUAAAUUGCAGUGUUGUAGAAUGGAGAUGAUGACGGGGGAUGGGAACUGAUGCUGUAAAUCCUUGACUUUCUUACGUGGCUGGUGGAGUUUUCAUCAUCAGUUCAUUGACUGGGUGAAUGGUUGAAACGACCUUAUGAAAUUAAUUUCAUUUGUUGAU